UCAAUAGGGCAAUGGGUUACCAAAUAUGGACACCUGUCAGGGUAUAAAGUGGUCCGACGUGACGAUUCGGCACCCCCUGGUUCACAUCCUGAAGAUCCGGCGUCUGGUGCUGAUCUGAGCUGACAACAUGUGCGACGACGAAGAGACUACCGCCCUGGUGUGUGAUAACGGCUCCGGCCUGGUGAAGGCUGGGUUCGCCGGCGAUGACGCACCUCGCGCCGUCUUCCCCUCCAUCGUUGGUCGCCCCCGUCACCAGGGCGUCAUGGUGGGUAUGGGCCAGAAGGACUCCUAUGUCGGCGACGAGGCCCAGAGCAAAAGAGGCAUCCUGACCCUGAAAUACCCCAUUGAGCACGGCAUCAUCACCAACUGGGACGACAUGGAGAAGAUCUGGCAUCACGCCUUCUACAACGAGCUGCGCGUGGCCCCCGAGGAGCACCCAACCCUGCUGACAGAAGCCCCCCUCAACCCCAAAGCCAACAGAGAGAAGAUGACCCAGAUCAUGUUCGAGACUUUUAAUGUCCCCGCCAUGUACGUGGCUAUCCAGGCCGUGCUGUCCCUGUACGCCUCUGGGCGUACCACAGGUAUUGUCCUGGACUCCGGUGAUGGUGUGACCCAUAACGUGCCCAUCUAUGAGGGUUACGCUCUUCCUCACGCCAUCAUGCGUCUGGAUUUGGCCGGUCGUGACCUCACAGAUUACCUCAUGAAGAUCCUGACUGAGCGUGGAUACUCCUUCGUCACAACCGCUGAGCGCGAGAUCGUGCGUGACAUCAAGGAAAAGUUGUGCUACGUGGCUCUGGACUUUGAGAACGAGAUGGCCACCGCCGCCUCCUCCUCCUCCCUGGAGAAGAGCUACGAGUUGCCCGACGGUCAGGUCAUCACCAUCGGCAACGAGCGUUUCCGCUGCCCCGAGACCCUCUUCCAGCCCUCAUUCAUUGGCAUGGAAUCUGCUGGCAUUCACGAAACCACUUACAACAGCAUCAUGAAGUGCGACAUUGACAUCCGGAAGGACCUGUACGCCAACAACGUUAUGUCCGGCGGCACCACCAUGUACCCGGGUAUCGCUGACCGCAUGCAGAAGGAGAUCACCGCUCUGGCCCCCAGCACCAUGAAGAUUAAGAUCAUCGCCCCUCCUGAGAGGAAGUACUCCGUGUGGAUCGGCGGCUCCAUCCUCGCCUCUCUGUCCACCUUCCAGCAGAUGUGGAUCAGCAAGCAGGAGUAUGAUGAGGCUGGACCCUCCAUCGUGCACAGGAAGUGCUUCUAAGCGCCAGACUGCCCCUCCCUCCCCUGCUUCCCUCACCCUCUGUCACAUCCCCCUUUCUGUGCCAACAACCCAAUUUACGGCUCAAGAGGAAUUCGUAUGUUGUCGUCAAAUUGUUUACACUACAAGUGCAAUUUAUAUGUGGAUAUGUACAGGUUUAUAAAUAAAUAAAAGAGAACCGAGACUUG